UUAACGCGAAGGGGAUGGAGACACAACACAGACCUACACAGAAACACUGAUAUGGACGAGUUUCUCAGCUAAUGUGCCUGAAAGCUGGAUAUUGGUGUUCAUUAGCACGGUUUCCCCACUAGCAUCACAUCGACCCUCAUGAUGCUGGAUCAUGCGGAUGUUAGUUUGAGCCCAGAGGAGCGGGUUCGAGCCCUCACCAAGAAGGGUGGUACGGUGGAUAUGAAUGAAAGCGUGCCACUGCGCAGGUAUUUCCGCUCGGGAAUGGAGAUGGUCCGCAUGGCGCAUGUUUACGCCGAGGAGGGAAACACAGAGCACGCCUUCGUCCUCUACAACAAAUACAUCACGCUUUUCAUUGAGAAACUUCCCAAACAUCCAGAAUAUAAGCUGUCUAAUAUUCCUGAGAAGAAGGAGAUACUGAGGAAGCUGAAGGACACGGCUUUCCCUCAAGCAGAGCAGCUGAAGAAACUCCUGCUCAGGAGAUACGAGAGAGAACAUGCAGACUACAUCAGCAAGAAGCGUGUGGAGGCUGAGGCUGUGGAGCGUGAGUUGUCUCGUCAGCGUGAGCUGGAUGCGGAGCGUCGGCGUGUGGCGGAGCUGCAGAGGAGACAGCAGGAGCAGGAGCAGUUCAGCAUCUUCGAGGAGAUGAUCCGCCAGCAGGAGCGCCAUCGGGAGCGUCCGCACACACACCACAUUCCAGCUGCUCAGCAGACCGAGACACCUCUCAUUCCGGGCAUCCAGGGUCCUCCCGUGCCCUUCCCAGAAUCUCCAACUCCACCUCAGAGCCCGCAGAACCCCUUAGCCAAUCACAGCACUCCGUCAGCACCAGCUCCGCCCACUUUUGACCGCUCGCUCAAACCCAGUCACCUCAGUAAGACUACAUUGAUCGAUGGUUUACGCCAGAUCUCCGUUCCCGCGGAGCUUUGUGGCAAAUUUCUGCGACUGGCCAAUAACAACACUAUUAGAGCAGUGGAGACCUGCGGGAUCCUCUGUGGGACACUGAACAGGAACGCCUUCACUGUAACACACGUGGUAGUCCCAAAGCAGUGUGGAGGUCCAGAUUACUGUGACACAGAGAACGAAGAGGAGCUGUUUCUGGUGCAGGACCAGUACAACCUCAUCACUCUGGGCUGGAUACACACUCACCCGACACAGACGGCGUUUCUGUCCAGCGUGGAUCUGCACACACACUGCUCCUAUCAGAUGAUGCUGCCCGAGUCCAUCGCCAUCGUCUGCUCGCCCAAAUUCAACCAGACGGGUUACUUCAGACUGACAGAUUACGGCAUGGAGGAGAUCUCCACCUGCACUCAGAAAGGCUUUCACCCUCAUCCCAAAGACCCUCCUCUGUUCACGGGCGGCAGUCACAUCAUCAUCACAGAAGAUACGGUGUCCAUGCUGGACCUGCGGUGAUCCUCUCAUGAGCCAGACAGACUCUGAUCCUCCACAAGCACUUUUUUUGUGAGACACGAACACUAAACGCCGGAGCUCAGGAACGCAAACACCUCCACAGACCUGCAGGAUCUACAGGACAGGUGUAUUUCUGUGACAUACACACUUAUACACCUCAUCUGUACAGACACCAUCACAGCAGGGGCUUUCUAAAGGGUUAGUUCACGCAAAACUCUGAAUUAUCCAGUGAUUUACUCAUCAGUUAUUUAAAAAAAAUGAUAUUUUCCAGCUCUACACUGUGAAAUACAUCAGUAAAUGGACAUUUUUCCAUAUUUCCUGAUUCAUGUUUUUAGUUUUUCCUGUUUAUUUCUGCUCUUGAAUUGAAUUAUGGGAGCUUAAUCUAAAUUACAACAACUUUUAACCUUGAAAAGCUUGUAAAAGUGACGUUAUUAACAUUUGUAAUCCUCUGCAGUGCUAUAUCGUCUGGGUUGGUGUUGUGUAUUACACUACAAAAGCCUAGUAAUUAGCUGCCAGCAGAUUUACUGUCAUUUUACACACUUAUUAUUUCUCUAGAUAUUAUUUCCAUCUACUAAAAAUGCCCUAAUAAGUCACUUUGUUAAACCGUAGAGUUGAGUAUCCAUCAAAAGUGGACAGAGCAGAAAUAAAACUCCCAUAAUGCAAUGCUUAACCGUAAAUAAACAUCUGUGAGGAACCUGUUCAUUAACAGAUAUUUUUUUAUAGUGCACAAUUGUCGGCUGAUUUUAAUAAAAUAACAUGUAUUUAUCAAUAGUCAAAAGUGCCUCGUGCAGCUCCAGGGGAAGAAUAAAGAUCUCCUUUAGUGAAUCUGUGUGUUAUAUUAGUAUAAACAUUCAUAUUUUAAACUUUAUCAACCGUUUUGUGUAACUUGCAGUGACUUCCGUCUGCCAUCUUUGUCUCCUUCUGUUGAAGUGCAUGUUUUGCUGCAUCAGCGCCAUCAGCUGGACAGGAGUGUGUUGUUCUGUCUCAGCUACACUUCAGACUCAAGAUAUUAAUUAGUUAUAAAAACUACACUAUGAAUCAUCUAUUAAGCUUUAGCAUAUUGCUUAUUGCAUAUACCAAAAAAUACACUUCAAAAAAGAUGAUUUCUGUCACAAAACUAGUUUAUAAUGUUUUAAAUAUGCACAUUUUUCAUACUAAAACCAAGCGGCAACCUCCCGCUCUCCCUCAGGAGGCCAAUACGGAAGUAACUGAAACUGCAAUUCAUCAAAGUUCCGCUAGUCCUGGCUCCAUAAUAGAGCAAAGUGCAAUUGAGCCCACUGUUAGAAUGGCCAACUUUACAGCAGAAAAAAGGUGUUUACAGCCUGGUACAAAGAACGAUUUUGGUUCCUAUAGCUGUUAUUACCCUCCAUGACAACUGUGAGGGGGGUGAAUUUAUUUAUAACUCAUCCAUUUCCUUUACAUUAGGUUAUAUUAAGUUUGCAUAAUUAAGGGCGUGGCCACUUGAGUGACAGCUAGGUCUCGCUGGUCACCGUCACUUCACCUCAGCUGACUCCGGCAGAUUAGCCACUGAUCUCGGCAUAUUCAUCGUAUUUUUGUGUUGUUUUAUGUGGCUUUACACAGUCAGCUGCCUUUUGGACUUAUUUCUUACAAUUAUCAGAUGAUAUGGGAUGCUGUGUGCACUUAAAUGUGCUCACAAACCAUUCAUGUGGCCUCCGUUUCCCAUGUGAGUAAAGUUAUAUACUUGUGUACCAUCUCUAUAAAUGUAUUUGUUUUAUUUAAGAUCAUUUAUAUUUUUCUUUAGACCCGUAAAGCACUCCAGAAUCUAACAGAUUGAUUAGCUGUAGGCUCUAGAUCAGUCAUCUGAAGCGUUCUCAUACAGUGCUAUGCUGGAGUUCAUCAAUAGUCCUGCAUUUACUAACACACACUAUAUCUGAAGUGUUUGGAUGUAUUUCGCGUUUUCCUCCUGUAGAAAAACGUCAUAAGAGCAAUGCUUAGUGGCUCAAUGUAUGACUACAGUGUUUUUAAAAGUCUAAACACUUUAUUGAUAUAGUGUACAGCCAAGCACAUGUGGUCAGAACACAAACGAGUCGCAGGUAAUGAAGUAUCAAGCGUUUCUCCCAAAGUAAAGUCUGUCUGCCAGGUCUAAGCAAAGUGCCAGCAGGUGUCUGUAGCUCCGCCCACUCUCCGCCUCUUUGCCCUUGUUUGGUAUCCCGCCGUGGAUGUGAUGACGCGCGAGCAAAAUGGCGACGGUUGGCCGCGCCUACUUGUGGCUUCUUUUGCGCUCUUAAGAAACCUAUAGGUGACGUCACGGAUGCUACGUCCAUAUAUUUUACAGUCUAUGACUAAAACACAUAUAUUCACUAAAGGAGGUCUUUAUUUAGCCCCUGGAACUGCUUGAGGUGCUUUUUACUAUGGAUGGAUGUGCUUUAUUUUCUUUUCGACUGCUGAUAAUAAUGAUCAUUGCUAUAAAAAAUACUAUUGCAGAGUUGGAAAAGCCUAAGAUCAUGAUGAUUGUGUUGGACUGGAAGCUGGAAGUCGCACAGCGAAGAUGCCUUGGGAGUGAGAAAUUCAGAUUGUUGUGUGAACUAACCCUUAGUUAGUCUUCGGUGAGCGCUGAAUGCCAAUAUUUCUGAAAGAUUUUCUAAAAGCAGCUUCGUUUUGGGGUAACUUUAGUAUAUGAUAAUGUUGGUUCUUUUUCUUCCAGUCAUGAUCAAGGUGUUUUAAGGGGUCGUUCACACAGAAUCUGUUCUGCCAAUUAAAAAUGAAAGAUCAGGAAUUGAUCGUUUAAAAGCUGAACUCAUUUUAAUCUGAUAGCUUUGAAAAUAGCUUCAGAAACAUUGUAGAAACAGUAAAAGACAGCUAAUAUUGUGUGUAAUAAAAAAAAAAAAACAGUUCUUAAAAUGAACAUAUCGCUUGUUGAAACCUUCAUCACGUUUGGGAAAACCGCACUCUUGCUUGCGUGAUAUUAUUAAACCGUUUCAUGUCUUAUAAAUUGACAUCAUGGUGGUGCAAUGGUUAGCUCUCUGACCUCACAGCAAGAAGGUCACUGGUAUGAGUCCCGGCUGGGCCAGUUGGCAUUUCUGUGUGGAGUGUUGGCAUGGUUUUGCUCCAGUUUCCCCCACAGUCCAAACACAUCCGCUGUAAGUGAAACGAGUAAACAAAAUUGGCCGUAGUGUGUGUGUAUGUGAGAGUGUAUAGGUGUUUCCCAGUACUGGGUUGCAGCUGGAAGGGCAUUGCUGCAUAUAACAUAUGCUGGAAUAGUUGGUGGUUCAUUCCGCUGUGGUGACCCCUAAUGAAUAAAGCCGAAGGAAAAUUAAUGAAUGUCUUAUAAAAACACAAUCCUAACAGGGAGACUUUGU